AAGCGUCAGGAAGCGGGGCAGAGGGCGGAGGCCCCGUGUGCACAGCGCUGGGCCCUCCCGGCCUCUGUUCUCCGGGAACAGCCAGGGGUGUCCGGCUGCCUGGUACAGGAAUCAUGUGGCUGGAAAUUAUCCUCGCCUCCGUGCUGGCCUUCGUCGUCUACUGGUUUGUUUCUUGGGACAAGAAUGAGACGCUGCCCCUUGAAGACGGGUGGUGGGGCCCUGGGGCGCGGACCACAGCCCCAGAGGACGAGAGUAUCCGCCCUUUCAAGGUGGAGACAUCGGAUGAGGAGAUCAAGGACUUACACCAGAGACUGGACGGGACGCGCCUAACCCCACCUUUGGAGGACAGCCGCUUCCACUAUGGCUUCAACUCCAACUACCUGAAGAAAGUCCUUUCCUACUGGAGGAACGAAUUUGACUGGAGGAAGCAGGUGGAGACUCUCAACAGGUACCCUCACUUCAAGACCAAGAUUGAAGGGCUGGACAUCCACUUCGUCCACGUGAAGCCCCCCCAGCCGCGGUCCGGCUGCACCCCGAAGCCCUUACUGAUGGUGCACGGUUGGCCUGGCUCCUUCUACGAGUUCUAUAAGAUCAUCCCCCUCCUGACCGACCCCACCAACCACGGCCUGAGUGAUGAGCAUGUGUUUGAGGUCAUCUGCCCUUCCAUCCCCGGCUACAGCUUCUCAGAGGCAGCCUCUAAAAAGGGCUUGAACACAGUGGUCACCGCCAGGAUCUUUUAUAAACUGAUGCUACGGCUGGGCUUCCAGGAAUUCUACAUUCAGGGCGGGGACUGGGGGGCCCUGAUCUGCACCAACAUGGCCCAGAUGGUGCCCAGCCACGUGAAAGGCCUGCACUUGAACAUGGCUUUCCUUCUAAAUGGUGGCAUGCUGACCCUCUUCCUGGCACGGCAUUGCCCGAGGCUUUUUGGCUACACCGAGAGGGAUAUGGAACUGAUGUGCCCCAUCAAGGAGAAGAUUUUCUACCAGUCAAUGCGGGAGAGCGGCUACAUGCACAUCCAGAGCACUAAGCCCGACACUGUGGGCUGCGCUCUGAACGACUCUCCCGCGGGCCUGGCUGCCUACAUCCUAGAGAAGUUUUCCACCUGGACCAGUUCUGAGUUCCAGCAGCUAGAGGACGGAGGCCUGGAGAGAAAGUUCUCCCUGGACGACCUUCUGACCAACGUCAUGCUCUACUGGACAACAGGUACCAUUGCCUCCUCCCAGCGCUUCUACAAGGAGAACGCGGGGCAGCUCUUCAAGUCUGAUCGAAUCAAGGUGUCCGUGCCCACCGGCUUCGCCGCCUUCCCGUGCGAACUGCUGCACGCGCCGGAGAAGUGGGUGAAGAGUAAGUACCGGAAGCUUGUGUCUUACUCCUACAUGCCCCGCGGGGGCCAUUUCGCCGCCUUUGAGGAGCCAGAGCUGCUGGCCCAGGACAUCCGCAAGUUCGUGGGGCUGCUCGAGCUGCAGUGAUGCCGGGGGGGGGGGCGACGGCUGUGCCUCUGAACAAAGCGACAGGCCCCCUCCCCAUCAGCCCCUUGACCUGGAAGCCCUCGGCCCCCCGGUGCGGCCCUCAGAUGUAUUCCCCCUCCCCUGCGCGCGGUGGGGGGGGUCCCAUGCUCUGUGCACAUGGAUGCUGAUAAAUGAUGUUAGUUCUCAGAGCACCUGGAA